AUGAGCUCCUCGUCGACCGCGGUGCUGCUGGAAACGAUCCACUUCGCCGCAGAGAAACAUCGCAAUCAGCGCCGCAAAGAUCCUGAUGCCACACCAUACAUCAAUCACCCCAUAGGUGUGGCAAGGAUUUUAAGUCACGAGGGUGGAAUUACAGAUAUUGAAGUUUUACAAGCUGCAUUGCUUCAUGACACCGUCGAGGACACUGACACAAGCUUCGAGGAGCUGGAGGCUGUGUUUGGACCAACUGUGGCGAGGAUUGUCCAGGAGGUUACUGAUGACAAGACGUUACCAAAAGAGGAGAGGAAGCGGCUGCAAGUGGAGCACGCACCGCACCGCAGCCAUCAGGCCAAGCUGGUGAAACUAGCUGACAAGUUGUAUAAUUUGCGGGACCUCAAUCGUUGCACUCCGUCUGGUUGGACGGCAGAAAGGGUUCAAGAAUACUUUGUGUGGGCUUCUCAGGUGGUAAAAGGCCUCCGUGGCACCAAUGCAGCACUUGAGGAGAAAAUGCAGCAGCUCUUUUUGGAGAGAGGAGUGCAGUUAUGAUGAUGUCACAAGCCACUGGUUGAAAUUAAAUGAUGGUGCCUUUUUUUUUUUUUUAACUGAUCAUCAUGGAAUAAAGGGCCAGUUCAGGUCACCUGGAAGUCAGUCUUUCUUCUGUGGAACACAAGAGGAGACUUUAAAGGGAUGCUCCACCCCAAAAUGAAAAUUUUGUCAUUAAUCACUUACCCCCAUGUUGUUCUAAACCCGUAAAAGCUCAGUUCGUCUUCGGAACACAAUUUAAGAUAUUUUGGAUUAAAACCAUGAGGCUUGUGACUGUCCCUUUGACUGCCAAGUGAAUUACACUGUCAAAGUCCAGAAAAGUAUGAAAGACAUCAUCAUUCUUGUGGCUUCAUAAUGUUACAGUUGAACCACUGAUGGCAGAUGGACUAUUCUGAUGAUUUCUUUCAUACUUUUCUGGACUUUGACAGCGUAAUUCACUUGGCAGUCAAUGGGACAGUCACAAGCCUCCCGGUUUUAAUCCAAAAUAUCUUGAAUUGUGUUCCGAAGACGAACUGAGCUUUUACUGGUUUAGAACGACAUGGGGGUAAGUGAUUAGUGACAACAUUUUCAUUUUGGGGUGGAGUAAGGAAGGCUUCCUCUACAUUUUCUUUGGUGUUCCACUUAAUAAAGUCAUGCAGAACAACAUCAGGGCGGCUGAAUGAUUUAUCAUCAAGGUUUAAUUUGAUAAUUGUAUUUAAUAAUAUGAAAAAGUGUAUAAUACAUGCACAGACAUAAAAUGCGAUUAAAGUUUUGUUAAAUGUGACAAA